UGCUGUGGAGAGCAAAGCAGCAACAGAAACAGCAGCAGCAGCAGCGUGAGACACGUUUCCCUCUCACGAGCGUCAACAGUGCAGAGGAGCAGGAUGAGAAAGCUGUGCGACUAAGCGAGAGGAGGAAGUGAGCAAGCCAUACAGCAGAAGCUGACAUUAGGAGCGAGAGAGGCAAAAGACAGAUCGACAUCUUCUUUUAAAGAGUCUUCUUUUGCAGUUGAAAGACGGACUGUGGAAGAUCAUUGAACCUGAUUGGCGAACCUGACGAUCUUAACUAAUCCAGAGAAAGAGGUAGUUUAAAUUUUGGAGGUGGCAGCAGCAGGUUAGGACUCGACGUGGUGCAGGGAUGUCCUGGUUGUCUCCGGUCCAGUGGGCCAAGUGGACAUGGUCAGCAGUGACUGGGGGUGCGGGGGAUGAGGGGCAGCCCAGCUCCCAGGAGGAUGGAGACAGAGACAAUUCAGACUCGGAGGGGACCUUCGAGACUCCAGAGGCAGAGUCUCCAGGUGUUGUGAAGCUACUGAGCCAACUGGACAACUCAAACCACACAGUUCUUCCUGAUGUUACAAACCACUUUUUGGACAAGAACUUCAACCAGGAUGUGGGUCCAGUUUCAUCCCAAGAGGUUGAUUGCCUGAACAACCUCACCAUUUCUUCAACUAAUGACAGCAGCUUUGGUUUGGACCAGAACCUCAACCUGACCCUCAACAGCAAACCCAAUCCUGUCCCCCAGCCUCAAGCCCUCCGGCCCCCAUCGCUGUCCGUCCUCUCCCCGCUAAACAAACCCGAUCCUUCGGAGGUGGACGACGAGGCUCCGGUGACGUCCGACUGCAGCCCGGACUCAAACUUGAUCCCCAGUCAUGACAUUUGCGUGGACCCUGACUUGCUUAAUGGCAACAUGAACUCUGACACUGUGCAGUCAAACACAAAACUACCCUGUGAGACCAACAGCACAAUUAUCACGAACUCUUGUAAAGUGAAACAGAACCAGCCAAUGCAAAAGGACUUUGGCAGACAGGAUGACCAUCAUGGAGGCCACGCCACUGAUGAGGAGAAGUUGGCGAGCAGUGUUGCUGUCAAGCCGGACAAGGACGAAAGCAUUCCAGACUGCCUUGUGACAUCAAAAUCUGAGGACUCAGACUGCUCCUCUGUGCAGUAUGAGGACCCAUGCAAGCUGAAGAACAAGUCGGGAGGAAGUGAAAUGGCGAAAACAGGAAGUCAGGUCCUGGAUUCCAUCUGCAUCAGUGAGGCGGAAAAACAGGCCGUUCUCACCCUCAUUAGAGAGGAGAUUAUCACUAAAGAAGUGGAAGCCAACGACUGGAAGAAGAAGUUCGAGGGCAGCAGACAAGAAGUCGCUGAGAUGAGGAAGAUUGUUGCAGAAUAUGAGAAGACAAUUGCUCAGAUGAUUGAGGACGAGCAGCGCAACAACCUGAGUUCCCAGAAGGCUUUGCACGGCAUGACGAUGGAGAAGGAAGCCGCCCUGGCGGACCUGAACUCCGUGGAGCGCUCUCUCUCUGACGUGUUUCGCCGUUAUGAAAAUAUGAAGAGCACCCUGGAGGGCUUUAAGAAGAAUGAAGAGGUGCUGAAGAAGUGCGCUCAGGAGUAUCUGGCCAGAGUCAAGCAGGAGGAGCAGAGAUACCAGACACUUAAACUCCACGCUGAGGAGAAGCUAGACAAGGCCAACGAGGAGAUCGCUCAGGUGCGUGCGAAGGCGAGCUCAGAGAACAUGGCGCUGACUGCCAGUUUGAGGAAGGAACAGAUGAAGAAUGAGUCUCUGGAACAAGCUCUGCAGCAGAAGAAUCAAGAGAUUGAGGAACUUACCAAGAUCUGCGAUGAGCUGAUUGCCAAAAUGGGAAAAGUAGACUGAGAGACUCUGCCUGUGAAUCAGCCACUAUACCAUCCCUCCGGCCCUCCCUAACAGUGACACCCUGUGCAUGCCCCCAUCUGAGAAGCAGCUCUCAUACCCCCUGCCAGCCCUGCACCACAGAGACUGCUUAUGUACAGAUGUCUAAAGCAACUUUCUGUACACUAGACUUGCACUACUUGUGACCAGAAUCAAGAAGAGUCUGUACAUGCUAAUUAUUGUUUGAGUUAGGACUCUGUUACAUGUAUGUGGUCACAUUAUUUUGUUUGCAUUUUUGAGGCCAUCUGGGCCUCUCGUGCUUCGCCCAUCAUGCCAGUGAACAGCAACCUGCUUGUGACUCAACUUAAAUUCCCAGCAGCUUAACAGCUAAAUUCCCAGCAGGUCCUCCAACAGGAUGACGUCAUGCAGGCUGGGGUUGCUUUAGAGUUACACGUAGGCACACAGCAUAUUUCAGUGGGCUUUGACACGGAUUGUUUUACAUUAAGGCAGCAACCCAUAAAAUGUAUUUUUCUAUGAAGUAAACAAGGAUUUUACUCUGAAAGGGCAAAGCUCAGGGGUAUUGUGUGGGGAAGAUUGAGGUCAGAGUUAAAGUCAAGCUGCACAAGAACUGGAGGAAAGGAGUGAGUGAGAGUGUUUGAGGAAAUACAGUAGACCUCAGAGACUUUGGUUUGUUCAGGAGUGACACUGAAAUCACAGUGAGUCUGGACCCGCCUUUGCUUUACUUGGUUUACACUACGACACUAUCAGAGAUGUAUAAUAACCUGACAAUCAUAGACUUUCCUGUUAUUGUAGAAACUUUGUGGCAUUUUCUUGUCUGAUCCACAAAGUCAUUAAAAAGACUUGAUCCUGAAGUGUAAAGCGGUACGUUAAUCAUCCUGUGUUAAAAAACCUGGACCACUGGAAAAAGUUAAAACACAGUGACUCUAUAUUUUGGUUAAGGAUAAUUAAACUAUUAUAAGAGAAGCAAGUGCUGCAAUAUGUCUAUGAUUUUUUUUUUUUAAACCAUCACUGUGUCACAGAUUGAGUUACCAGUAAUCACAUUCACCUCUUAGCACAAAGGAAACUAAGAGUUUGACGGCUUUGUAAGCGGUUUUAUCUGUUACGUAUGUGCGAUGAAGGUGUGAGUAUUUACAACCCUGCUCUAGUUACUCGACAGAUAAAUCUGUUUCUUUGCAUGAUCGUUUUUAUAGCAUUAUAUUUCACAGAAUGUUUUCUUAACACACCAGUAAAACUAGUUGUGUCUGGCACAGUGUUUUAGUAGAGACUUAGAAGGCUGUGACUUAGUAGCUGAGAUCAUUGAAAAUGUUUCAGACUGGUGUAUGAUACCUGAGUAUUGGUGUUGAUUUAAAAAAAAAAACAAUUUUUACUUUUUUCUACAAAAUAAAUUUUCUUUCCAUUUAAAAAGUAAUAUAAUACAGCUUUAAGUUGCAAAUCUAUUAUUUUAAUAAGGUAGUAUUUGGUCAAAGAAGCUGAAACAAGCUGAACUACUAAAAAAAUUUGGUUCUUCACAGUUUUCAACACUCAGUUCUACAGAGUCAGUCGCUAUUGAAACAGUUUUAAUUUCUGAUACUCAGUCUCUUUCUUUACCACCAUGUAAGACAUUUAUGACACAAACCCACUGAUGUGCCACAGUUUAUAUUUGUUCAACUCUCGUGUCAUUUUAUCUCUAAUAUUGUUUUGCCACUUUAGCCCCUUUUUUAAUUAUUGUUUGUAUUUGUAAAUUAGAAAUGGUGACUUCAGAUUCAUGUUGACACAUUGAGGACUAAGUGUACUUUUGCCUGAAUAAACAUAAAUAUAAUUUGU